UGACUACAAAAAGACUAUUGUAAACGUUCCGGCAGAUAAUGUUCUGCAAUUUUUUUACGUCAGAAAAGGUGGUAACUUUCUUGUAAAAAUGGUUUUCCCGAUAAUAAAACUUGGAACUCUUGCAGUGAAGCAGAUCAGCAAACCCAUGUCCAAAGCGAUUCGAAAUAUGGCUAGGAAUAGUCCAUUUAUGAGGAAAUAUGUGUGCAUGCCUCCUGCCCAGUUUUACCAUUGGUUGGAUGUGAACCUGAGAAUGCGAAUUCUUGGUCUGGGAAAAGCAACUGAAGUGAAACCUUUAAGCAAUGAAGCAGCUGUAGAACUAGGGGCAGAGAUCAUCAGUGAAAGUUUUCUUUUUUCUGUAGCAACAGGAACAAUCGCAUUUGAAUAUUGGAGAUCAUCGAAAAAAGAAGAAAAACAUGAAUCCCAACAAAGCUUGGAUAUAAAGAAACUACAAUCGCAGGUUCAAGAGCUUGGACUCCUCAUUGAAGAACAAGAUGCAAAGUUACGUGAAUUCAAUAGAUUAUUAGUGGAAUAUGCACCCUCUUCAAAGAAAAAAUGAAUAUAGUUGUAGUUUUUUUUAUAUUUGUAUAAAAAAUAAUUUAUAUAAUGAAUAAAGGUAAUUAAGUAAUAAAUGAAUAUUAUUUGGUG